AGUUGCAGAUCAGGAAAUUGAAAUAACAUAUUAAAUACUCCGAAAAUGUGCUUGAAUUUACUCCAGUUUAAUAUAAAAACAUAAAGUGGUUUCAUGUUUCGUUCUAUUCGUGUUAAUAGGUAGUGCUAUGUUAUUAUUAUUAUGAGUAACAUAAACUUAUUGAUUGAUUCUGUAAAACACUAAUAAUAUAUUGUUACUGUGACCAAAAACCAAUUAUAAUGUGGACGUGGGUCGGGAUAAGUUCAGUGCCCUUGUGGUUAAUGUUGGCAUGGUACUUUCCAAUAAUUUGGAGUCCAGUUUACCUUUUAGUGUUGACUAUUUUUCUGGUAGUUCUGGUGUUUGCACUGACAUUAUGGGGCCACAUCUCUCUGUCUUCGCCUCACCAGCCUUCCAUUUUUCUGAUGGAUAAAGUAGAAAAAGAGUUGAGGCAGUUGGAGGAAACUUUAAAGGAUGACCUAAGUACCUGGCCGCAUGCAGUUAAAAAGAGUCAUCUACCAGUCAUAUUUGGUCGCACCGUUGACAGCCAGUUACAGCAACUGAUUGACUAUGUCCUCAGAGAUUUUGUUACUCGUUGGCUGAAAGAGUUUGCCUAUAGGCCCGAACCUGUUGUUGACAAAUUUAAGGAACAUGUAUGGGGUGCAAUAAAAAAUCUACACGAGCGAUUGUUGCGAGUUGAUGCUGAAAAGCUAUUAGCUAAUGAUAUGGUGUUGAAAAUUACUCAGCAUUUUGAGCGUAUUAGAAUUGCUCAGAGCUGUGCAUUAGAACUAAACCAGGCGCCAGUGUUCGCACUAGCACCUCACCUAAUGUUGUGCGAGACGGAGCUCCACUACCUCCGGCAGAUCAGUGAGCUGAUUGUCAUGUUCCUCAUGCCGAGAUGCUACUCCUUGUCUCCCGUGUCUCACUUCAUGAGGGAAGUGUUGGCAUGCAAAGUGUUCCAACCAGCCAUAGAUCUGAUCACAGACCCCGAUUACAUAAACCAAAAGAUCAUCCAAUACCUCGAAGCUCAGAAGGAAGUGAACGCCAUGCAUGUCAGGACCCACGAGUACGCGAAAACGUUCGAGGAUUACAUACGACUAAUAAACAGCUGUGAUAACGUUGACCAGCUGAAACGGUUACGGUACGACAUAGUAACCCAAAUAAUGCAAGCAACCACCCUCCAAAACAUGAAACGGGCAAAAGGCGUGGACGUGGACGCAGAGAAAGGAGGGCAGCAGAACGUAAGCCGGCAACAGAUAGCCGACGCGAAGAAAUUGAAGAGAUAUAUCACUCAGCUCAGUAUAGCUAAACUUGAGUGUGAAGAGCACCUUAAGAGGUUGGGCUGGGAUGGCGCCUUCCCUGCUGUAAAUGAGUCGGAUAACAAGUGUCUACCCCUCCACAAAGUGCUAGAAAGCGUGACAGGCCGGCGGUACCUAUCGAUGUUUCUGGAGACAAUGUGCUCGCAAGGCCUGGUUGGAUUCUGGAUGGGAGUAGAAGAGUUGCGGCACAGUCCAAGAAGCAGUUGGCACCAGCUUGGUGCUGAGAUCUUUUAUACGUACAUCAGAUCGCCCACUGCGGAGAUUAAGGUGGACAAGGACACGAGAAAACGAAUGGAGGCAUUUCUGCUCGGGGACAAAGGGCCGGAAGUAUUUUACGAAGUGCAAGACACUGUUGUCGACACGAUACAGGAGAAGUACUACUCUUCGUUCAUGCUCAGUGAGCAGUACAAGGCACUGAUGAUCGAGCUGGCGAACGAAGAAGCUAAUAAAGAAAUAAACGCCGAACGAUCUCCUAUAGAAGACCGGCAGUUGUCGAACGAGUCCGUGUCAUCCGCAGAGAGCGCGGCCGCGUUACACCUUACAGAGCAUUCUACAUACGCGAGGCGGAAACUAGAUCAGCUGCAGGAGAGGCAUAACAACAAGACUCAGGCAUUAGCGGCCCUCAGAGCGUCAUUGAAACCCGAGUCUCGAGCUCUAGCCAUGCUGGAGAACGAAGUAGAACGCCUGACAGAAGAACAAAUGCGGUUAGAGUCACAUCUGGCUCGCACGGACACUUGGGCCGAGCAUCUUGGCACGUGGCGGGCCACUGUGCAGAGUGCCGAGAUAUUGGACGAAAAUAAGCCCCCACAGUUCGUGAUAGUAGUGCACAUGGCCGAGCAGGAAACUACCUCAAUCGAAGACGAGAGGCCAGAGCAAAUCUCCACGGGAUGGGUUAUAUUGAGAACGCUAAACGAUUUCCAGGAUCUACAUCGAAAAUUAAGGCCUAUGUGUUCUGAACUGAAAAAUUUGGAACUACCUUCGAAUUCUUUUAAGUUUCUCUUUGGUAAAAAUGAUAAAAAUUCCUUAGAUAAAGCCAAGAACCUCAUACAAAAGUAUUUAGAAUUUGUUUUAGAAGACGACAGACUGAACCAAAGUGAACCUCUAUAUACAUUCCUCAACGCAACCAGCGAAUUCACAAAACAGGGAGACAAUCCAAAGAAAAACAAAUUCUCGUUUUCUACGUUAUUUAAAAGUACAAGCAGCGAAGCAACGAAUAGAUCGUCGACGGAUCGCGAAGCGUUCACACACUUGUCGGCAGAUGAAGAUGAGAUAUCGCUCUACCUAGACGGGAAUGGCACUGACCCCGCUAAUAAGAACAUGGCUAAUGCCAUGCGAGGUGCCGGUCCGUUGGGCGAAGAACGCGACAGCAUAGCUGAGCCUUUGUACGCGCUGCUGAGCGAAGUGUUCGACAUGCGGGGCGUAUUCCGAUGGCUCAGGAAGACUCUAGUCACUUUCGUACAAAUCACUUAUGGGAGAACUAUUAACAGACAAAUAAAAGAGACGGUGACGUGGCUAUUCUCCGAGCAAAUGCUUCACUACUACAUCAGUGUCGUCCUAAAGUCGUGGUGGCCGGGCGGCGUGCUGAGCGAGCCUGGCAACAGGAACAUGGCAGACCGAGAGCACACCCGCACGAUAGCCCUGGAACAGCUGAGCGAGACAGUAGUGGACGCGCUGUCGUCGCUAGUAGGCGCGCACGCGGCAGCUCGCGGCGCGCACAAGCUGUUCCACACGCUGCAGAACACCAAGCACAACAAGCAGCUCGCCUACGAGCUGUUCGAGCUGGUCCUCAUGGAGGUAUUCCCGGAGCUAAAGCGCUACCACACCUAACAACCAAAAGUAAGCGACGCUCAAGACAAUAUUAUAUCAGAUUUCGUAACCGUACAGGGAUUUUACAGACAAAACUGAAUUGUCUGAUAUUUUGCUACUCUCUUAAAACAUUCCGAUUUAUAAUAUUUUUGACAACAGUUGACUGAGAAAAAACUACAAUCCAUUGAUUUAAAAUUAGUAUGUACCUAAAUAAAACAAAAGAAUGCAACUUCAGUGGUAAACAAGCUUCGAAGUUUUCGAUGAUAGCAGAGUCGGUCUACCGAAUAAAAUAAUUUAAAUAUCGCGAAGAAAUUUUGCGAUUUGAUAAGGUUGAUCUCACAUUCGUGUUCAGUUUAUAUUCAUGUAAUAUGUUUAGAUCUGUAUUAUAUUUGUUAGAUAUAUCUACGUGCCAAAGAUCGCACACUGUGAAUAGCUUCUUAGAUGUACGGCUUAAAUGUUAACACGUACCUGAGUUUUAUAUCAAAUUUAUUUAUCUAGACUUGUAUCUUUUUGUACUGAUGAUUAUUUCCAUCGUUUUCUAGUCCUUGUUGAUCUUCUGAACUAUAGACAAUAGGUGUUGAAGUGU